UGAGACAACAUGCCCUGUCUCAGAACGGCGAGCUCUAUCUUCUCCUUCCUCUUCUUUUUCUUUUUCUUUUUUUCAAUGCGGGAAGUAUACUGUAGACCGACCAUUCAACCAACGCCAGAGAUCGAAUUACCAUCAUGAUUACAACAAGUGUGAUCCCUAAGGAAUGGGCGGACAAAUCAUGGCCUCUCAUCACCUCCCCCCAAUGUCAGGGCCACGAUAUCGUAAGCUCCUCCAACGGCAGUACAGUCUUCACUGCUGAUGCUUCAACCUAUUUUUAUAGCACUCUCACUUCUCCGUUUUCAUGGCUACCGACAUGUAUCACGUCCACAACUUUUUCAUUCGCUCCAUGAAUAGCAUCUAUUGACAGUCACCCUACGUCACGAAACCAGCCGACACUGCGGAUCUUUUGUUUCACACCAAAUGUCUUGUCCACUGCAUCAACGCGCAUCACGACGGGGAAGAGAAAUACCUCUUCCCCGGGCUGAUUGAAUACACCAAGAACCCGGACAUCAUGGCCGUCAACCAAGCUCAACAUGCGCUGUUCCACGGGGGGGUGCAGACCCUCCUUGAGUAUUGCGUAACCACAUCUCCCGCCGAUUACUCGCACCAGGUGUUCCAGGGGAUCAUAGAUUCAUUUGCGACACCACUCUUCCAACACCUCAGCGACGAGAUCGGGACCAUUCUCGCGCUGAAGAGCUUCCCAAGCCAGGAUCUGAAGCUGCUCUGGACCCGGGCUGAAAAGCAUAUCACUAAGGUUGGCAGCUUUGAUGAGAUGUUUCCCCUCGCAUUUGGCUGUAUCGAUAAUGGUUUGAGGCCGGCCAGCAUAAGUUUCCGCCGGUGUCGAAAGUGGUCAACUUUGUAGUCAAAUACUGGUUCGCAAGAAAGCAUCAGGGAGCCUGGAGAUUUAAUCCUUGUGAUAUGUGGGGAAAUCCCCGGCCGUUGUAUUUCUUACCGGAGGGAGAAAGGGAGCUAGAGACCUAGUUUAAGUAUCCCCUUAUAGGGAGAAACAGGUCGAAAAGUGAAGGGAGAUCUUGUUUUGCUAUUGCUAAAUUGCACUUAAAACAAUACAACCCUAGUUAUACCCAGGGGAAACAACUUUUUGGCCACAUCCUUUUUAUGGGUCUAAUAAAACAACCUCUCCUCAAUCAUUUGGCCCCUCCACCAACAAUCUUUUCUUCGUCAAUCUCUAUCUUAUCGUGUUCUGAGGUGCCAGGACUGGCAGCGGCCGCUGAAGCCUGUUUACCCUUCAGCACGCUUACCCACUCGAGUGUAG